AUGGCACCGACGUUCCGCAAAAUCACGCCCUCGCUACCCGUCUCGUCCGUCCCGCGAGCCAUCGAGUACUAUACCGAGAUUCUAGGUUUCCGCGUGGCGGGGAGGGAUGGAGAUGAUCAUUGCUGGGUGCGGUUGAGUGAGGAGGUGAAUUGUUAUUUGCGGAGAAGGACAUUUCCAGAUAUUCCUGACGAUGUGGCUUUUGGCAAAGUUCACAUCCGGAUCGCGGGCGACGAAGAUGAGCUCGAGAAGCUUUUUGAAGUGCUCCAGACGAAAGGCGCCAAAGUCGUGACGGAAGUGACACACAAGGCGUGGGGUCUGAAGCACUUCGCCGUCACAGAUCUCGAUGGGAACAUCAUCAACUUUGACCAAGUUAUCGCUGGGUGGAAGCCACCGACAGGGAGUGGGCAGUAG